ACCCCCCUCGGCCACCCGCCCCUGACUCUCCCCGCUCUCUCACACCGCGCAGUCGGGACCAGAGGGAAGGCAUGGAGACCGAAGGGAGCCAGAGCAGCCUAUCGUCCGCCGACUCCCCCCACGACCCCUGCAAAAUGUUCAUCGGCGGCCUCAGUUGGCAGACGACACAAGAGGGUUUGAAGGAGUACUUUUGUAAGUUCGGAGAGGUGAAGGAGUGUAUGGUGAUGCGAGAUCCGGUUACAAAGCGAUCAAGAGGCUUCGGUUUUGUCACAUACGUAGACCAGGCUGGAGUCGAUAAAGUUUUGGCGCAAACCAGACAUGAACUGGAUUCAAAAACAAUUGACCCAAAGGUGGCGUUCCCUCGCAGAGCUCAGCCCAAGCUGGUGACCCGGACAAAGAAGAUCUUUGUUGGGGGCCUGUCUGUGAACACCACCAUCGAGGAUGUGAAGCAGUACUUCGACCAGUUUGGAAAGGUCGAUGACGCCAUGCUCAUGUUCGACAAAACAACCAAUCGGCAUCGAGGUUUUGGUUUUGUGACGUUUGAGAAUGAGGAUGUGGUGGAGAAGGUGUGCGAGAUCCACUUCCACGAGAUCAACAAUAAAAUGGUGGAGUGUAAGAAGGCCCAGCCCAAGGAAGUGAUGUCACCGACUGGUUCAGCGAGGGGGCGAACCCGGGUCAUGCCUUAUGGGAUGGAUGCCUUCAUGUUGGGAAUUGGCAUGCUGGGUUACCCAGGGUUCCAGGCGGCCACCUACGCCAGCCGAGGGUACACGGGCAUUGCUCCCGGAUACACCUACCAGUUCCCUGAAUUCCACUUAGAGAGGACCCCCCUUCUACAGACAUCCCACCCCCCCGAGCUCACAGCCAUUCCACUGACAGCGUACGGACCAAUGGCAGCGGCCGCUGCAGCAGCUGCAGUAGUCAGAGGCGCUGGGCCCUCUCGCGCCGCAGGAUUCCUGGGCACCAGCAGCCCUGGGCCAAUGGCAGACCUGUAUGCAGCAGCCAAUCAGGACUCCGCAGUCAGUAGUUACAUCAGCGCGGCUAGCCCCGCCCCCAGCACCGGAUUCGGGCAUGGCCUUGGGGGUCCCCUCAUUGCCACAGCGUUCACUAAUGGCUAUCACUAAGGAGAGCCAAAUAUAGGAGGGGGAGGAGCCAACUGCUGUAAGCCAAUCAAAUCGCUGCGUAUCUCUUUGGCACAAACUGAUUGGCUGCGGCAGCUGCGGCAGCUUUUCCCUUCUGGACGGAAGAUCCUAUGCCUCACCCCGUUUCCCAUUUCUUGUACUAACGUCACUUCCCAUACUAAUGUCACUUCCUGUUUGACUUUCUUUCUUGUCCUGUCCCUCCUGUAAGUUUGUUUUUUUUUAGUGCAGGCUGUUAUUUCCUGCAGUGAGGCUGUUGUACAGCCUCUUUUUCAUAUGAACAAGAAACAAAACAAAAAAAAUCUUUUAUAAAAGGAUUUUAUUGUUUUUUUUUUUGGGGGGGG